GAUAAUACAGCUGUUCAUUUAAAUACCGACACAUAAGGGCAAGCUCGGUAUUUGGCACUGGCGUAUUUUGGAAAGCAGACCUUUGUUCCAGAAAAAAAUAUUUUGAUUAUUGGACAAACAAUGGUGAAGUUUACGACAGAUGGCAAAUACAGAAUUGAAUCUCUAUCAUCGGCAACUUUACCUGGCGCUUUAAAAAUAAUAAACGAUCAUUUCUUCCAAGAUGAGUCCGUAUGCAUGGGUACAGAGGUGAACAAGAAUCCUUUAGCAAUGGAAGAGUUGUUAGAACUGUGCGCAGACGCAGCACUGGACGGAAUGUCAUUAGUUGCCGUUUCUAAUGAUAGCGAUGAAGUGGUUUCGGCAAUGUUCAAUAAGUUGCAGGAAGUGCCUAUAGAAGGAUCAGAGAAGACGUUUUUUGAAACAUUUGCUGAAGAACGCUGUAAACAAGCAUCGUCUCGGGCUCUGGUUGACCUUAUGGUGGAAUUUGAUACCAGAUGUAACUUUUAUGAGAGGUACAACGUUGACUGUGGCUGCGAAUUCAUGUUUUUGGGAAGUCACCGCCAUCAUAGACAAAAACAUCUCGGAGAAUUACUAUGCCGAACAGCUGUGGAGCAAGCAAGGAAAAUAAAGAACGUUCCAGUAACUCCAUUGACUAUCCAAGAUUUAGGACCAAAGUACUCAUUCAUGAAGCCAAGGAACCCAGUCACGAGAGUACCAAAGAUAUGUACUGCAUUAUGUUCAGCCAUUGGUACCCAGAAAAUUGUGAGAUCAUUAGGCUUUACCGUAGUCGCCACCUUUUCUUUGAAGGAUUGUAUCUUCAAUGGGAAACCAUUUUCAGAGAGAGGGGUCACAACCUUUUGUGAAGCGGUUACAAAAAGAAUAGAUUAAAUUAAGGAAGAAAGAAAAUUUUUGACACACAUUGUUCUAAUUUAAGCCUUCGAGACAUUA